GAGGGCUGGGAGUUGAAGGGGGCCGAACGAGAGGCCUGCCGCUUGACCCUGGUCCGAAGGGGCGGACAGUUUGAGUUAUUAAUCCAGUUUUAUGAAAAGGAGGUGCCUGUACAAGAUGUCAUUGCUAUUAAUAGCCACUUUAAAUGUAUACAAGAAGCAGAUGAAACUUUACUGAUUGAUAUAGCAGCCAACACUCCCUGCAAAAUCCGGGUCCAGGGUGAUUGGGGUACUGACGAACGUUUCUUUGAAAUCCCUGAUGAGGAUCGGUGCCUGACUUUUCUCACAGACAUCCUUGCUGCUCAAGAUGCUUAUAAACCUAGUGCAGUUUCUGAAAUCAAGGAAUCCACCAGCUGGUACCAGAAAUUAGAAACUUCAGAAAAAACUGCCAGUGAAUCCGAUGUUGCAGGAGUGCUUGGAUUUGAAGACAACUUCACUGAAAUGAGUUUGGAGAAGAAAAGAAAUAUACACAAUAGGCAGAUGAGGACCCGCCGGGAGCCUCCACCACCUCCCAGCCACAUAAGCAAAUCGUUUUUACGUGAAAAGGAAGCUGCAGGCAAAGAUCAGCCAAAAGUGACUAACACUAUGCGGAAGCUGUUUGUGCCCACCCCUCAGACCGGACAGCGAGAGGGGCUCAUCAGACACAUUCUGGCUAAGCGAGAAAAAGAAUAUGUGAAUAUUCAGCCUUUCAGAUUCUUUAUUGGAACAUGGAAUGUGAAUGGUCAGUCUCCAGACAGUGCUUUGGAACCGUGGCUGAACUGUGAUCCUGAUCCUCCAGAUAUUUACUGCCUUGGAUUUCAAGAACUGGAUUUAAGCACUGAAGCUUUCUUUUACUUUGAGUCUACCAAGGAGCAGGAGUGGCUGAACUCUGUGGACAGAGCCUUACACUACAAAGCCAAGUAUAAGAAAGUUCAGUUGGUCCGCUUGGUUGGGAUGAUGCUACUUAUAUUUGCCAAAAAGGACCAGUGUAAAUUUCUCCAUGAUAUUGUGACAGAAACUGUGGGAACAGGACUCAUGGGAAAAAUGGGUAACAAAGGAGCUGUUGCCGUGAGAUUUUUGUUCCACAACACUACAUUUUGCAUUGUUAAUUCCCAUCUGGCUGCCCAUGUGGAAGACUUUGAACGUCGAAAUCAGGAUUAUAAAGACAUCUGUUCCCGAAUGUCUUUCUUUGUCCCAAAUCAGGGCCAUCUAAACAUCAUGAAGCAUGACGUCGUCAUUUGGUUGGGAGAUUUGAACUACAGACUCUGCAUGCCUGAUGCCAAUGAAGUGAAAAUGCUAAUUCACAGAAAUGAACUUCAGAAGCUCUUGAAGCUGGACCAGCUAAACAUUCAACGUUCUCACAAGAAGGCAUUUGCUGACUUUACAGAAGGGGAAAUUGGAUUCAUGCCCACCUACAAGUUUGACCCAAAAACAGACAGAUGGGAUUCCAGUGGGAAAUGUCGUACUCCUGCAUGGUGUGACCGAAUCCUCUGGAGAGGGAGUAACAUUAAUCAGGUGCGCUACUGGAGUCACAUGGAGCUCAAAACCAGUGACCACAAACCUGUCAGUUCUGUCUUCCUCAUUGGGGUGAAAGUAGUAGAUGACAGAAGAUACAGAAAAGUAUUUGAGGACAGUGUUCGCAUUAUGGAUAGAAUGGAAAAUGAUUUUCUUCCUUCAUUAGAACUCAGCAAGAGAGAAUUUGUAUUUGAGAAGGUGAAAUUCCGUCAGCUGCAGAAGCAGAAAUUCCAGGUCACCAACAACGGCCACGUGCCCUGCCAUUUUUCAUUCAUCCCUAAACUCAGUGACAGCCAGUACUGUAAACCCUGGCUUCGGGCUGAACCCUGUGAAGGCUACUUAGAACCAAGUGAGACUGUUGAUAUUUCCUUGGAUGUCUAUGUCAGUAAAGACUCAGUGACAAUCCUGAAUUCUGGAGAAGAUAAGAUUGAAGACAUUCUUGUCCUUCAUUUGGAUCGAGGCAAAGAUUACUUCUUGACCAUCAGUGGAAAUUACCUCCCUAGCUGCUUUGGCACAUCCUUGGAAGCUUUGUGCCAUAUGAAAAGACCAAUUCGAGAAGUUCCUGUUACCAAACUCAUCGACCUGGGAGAAGACACCUUCGUAGAAAAGGAAAGCCCUCUUCUGCCAUUGGCUGCUCCUUCAGAGGGGAGUGUUGACGACAGACCUCUUCAGGUUCCCAAAGAAAUCUGGCUUUUAGUGGAUCACUUGUAUAAGAAUAGCUGUCAACAGGAGGACCUGUUCCAGACCCCUGGCAUGCAAGAAGAAUUACAACAAAUCAUUGAUUGCCUGGAUACCAGCAUUCCUGAGACAAUCCCUGGUAACAAUCACUCUGUGGCCGAAGCACUUCUCAUCUUCCUGGAAGCCCUACCAGAGCCUGUCAUCUGUUACGAGCUAUAUCAGAGAUGCCUUGACUAUUCCCAUGACCCACGCCUCUCUCGACAGGUGAUUGCACAUCUUCCACGGUGUCACAGAAACGUUUUCCGGUACCUGGUGUCUUUCCUUCGGGAGCUCUUGAAGCAUUCUAAAACAAAUAAUAUCAGCGUCAACAUGAUUGCCAAUCUCUUCUCUGGACUCCUGCUGCGGCCUUCACCUAAUCUGAUGUCAAGACAGACUCCAACCGAUCGCCAGCAUGCUAUCCAGUUCCUCCUGGGGUUCCUGCUUAGCGGUGAUGAAGACUAAUUCUCUUCAUCUCACAUCCUCCACCCCUUCCUGAGAUUCUAGUUUGGAGGAUCAUUAGCUUUGAGUAUUAAGAAUUAGUUGAAAGAGUUUUUUGCCACCAGGGGAGAGUUGCACAGCUUUGAGGCUGCUGGCCAUCAAAAAUCUACAGUUUACAGUACUUAGGGGAGUCUUUUAGUAGCUCCUCCACCCACCAAAACACAAAUGACAUGUCCUUAUACAUUAGAGAAUGUCCUUAUACAUUAGAGAAUUUCAGACUCGACAUAUUGCCAAGCCAAAGUCUCCACAUUUUGGUAGUUAUGUGCUUUAUCUUUAUGGGACAAAGAGAUCUGUAUUAACACUUCAGUGUUCUCCAAAUCUGUUUGUUGCCCAAAUCUGACUGUCUUAUCUGUGUUUAGCACCCUAGACUUGGGAUUUGAGAUGUGAACAUUCUAGACUGAUAUAUGCACUAUUUUACUUUAGAUGAGAUUUGUAUCUGGUCAUUUAUCCAAAACAUCUUUGGCUCUCUUCUCCCCAUUCCCAUUUGCACCCCCACUUUACCAGUAGUAUCACUUUGGGGAAGGUCUGGCUGGGUAAGGCUCCUUGGGUGACUUACUCGUCUCACUGCCAGAAUUUGUGCACUUUUACUAUAGUGACAUUUAUGUGUCUCAGUCUGUUUAUGUGCCUCCAGUGGCUAGGGCCAUCUUCCCAUCUCUCGAACCAUAUCCAGCAACUGAACCUUAGUGACUACUGGAAAAGGAACUUAGUUCUAAUAGCCCAUUGUUCUCAGAGGCC